GGCAGGGUGGAGCCCUUGCGCAAGUUUGAGAAGCUGGCCUUGGUUCACCGCGUCUCGGGGACCAUAAACUCUUCCGCAACCGACCCGUCCACACGGAUCUCAGGGAAGGCCCGGCGCGCCGCUAAGUUCUCUCGCGUACUCCGCAGUUACGCGCGCUUUACCGCUAAGGGACAAAUAGUUCAACCGCCGUCAUGGACAAGAGGCCUUCUGCAGGCUUGAUCGUUACGAUCUUCUGGUUAGCUGCGGUGCCGACGGCUGUCGUCUCUGCGGCACCAGAAGCCGUCAGCCGUGCCACCAACGAACUGGGAAUGGUCCUCUACCGCAAGGUGGCCGAGACGGACCCCAAGGGCAGCAACAUCUUCCUGUCUCCCGUCAGCGUGGCCGCCAUCCUGGGCAUGGUCCAGCUCGGUGCCAGGGGCCGCACGCGGCAGCAGAUCAACGCGGCACUCGCCGGAGGCGCCGACUCCAACCGGCUGAUCAGUAGCGGCGACGACGAUGACCUGGCGGCCGGAUUCGGUGAGCUCUUUAAAGACCUCAACGCGGAGAAGGGAUACGAGCUGCGUCUCGCCAGCGCCGUGUUCCUGGCCGCGGGUCUGCCCAUAUUCGAGCGCUACAAGCGCGACCUCGAGAAGCACUUCGCCUCGGGCGUCUACUCGGCCAACUUCGCCAGCAACGCCCGCGAGGCCGCAGACGACGUCAACGCGUGGGUGCGCGACAUGACCGAGGACCGCAUCCCCGAGAUCAUCGAGAGGCCUCUACCACCAUCGGCGCCCAUGCUGGUUCUGAAUGCCGUGUACUUCAAGGGCCUGUGGCAGAGUCCGUUCAAGACGGAGGACACCGUGACCGGCGAGUUCUUCAACGAGGGCGGCUCUCGCGCUGUUCCCGUGCCGAUGAUGCGCCAGAAGGGCGAGUUCGUGUACGCGCUCAGCGAGUCCCUGGACGCGCACAUCCUCGAGCUUCCGUACGUGGGCGACCGCGUUGAUUUGGUCAUCGUGCUCCCGAGGCGCAGAGACGGACUAGCCGAGCUCGAGCGUAAGUUCAGCCUCGAAGCGGCGCGCGAGCCCCUGGCGGCGGCGCUGCCUCGCAAAGUGGACGUGUGGCUCCCCAAGUUCCAGCUCCAACAGGCCUACAGUCUCAAGGGAGCUCUGCAGUCGCUCGGGGUUCGCGACGUCUUCAGCUCGAGGGACGCCAACCUGACGGGUGUGUCGUCGAAGCGGCCGCUCGCCCUCGACGAAGUUUUGCACAAGGCCCUCCUCGACGUGGACGAGAAAGGCACCGAAGCCGUGGCGCUCUCCUCCGGCAUCAUUCGUCACUCCAAGACGCCCGGAGGCGAGGUCGAGUUCAAGGCUGACCAUCCCUUCCUUUUCUUCAUCGAAGACGUGAGGACCCAGACGCUGCUUUUCCUGGGACGCCUUCAGCGUGUGUGAAAGACA